AACCCUUUUACACACACACACACAAAGUCACAAUGAGGCCCCAUCUAUUAUCGCUUGCCUGCGUGUGCUCUGUCCUCGCUUUUGUAACAGCUGUACCAUUGCCUGCCUCAAAUCAGGAACUUGAUGUGUUACAGAUUCCACUGUCAAAUGGAAAGGAAUUGGAUGUUCUAACACUGGGUGCCAAUGAUCAAGAACAAUUAAUUGCAGAACGUAAUAAGCGAACAAUUGGUUUACUACGUGAACUGUUUCCCGAUUUAACUAAGAAUGGUGCCACUGAUACACAAAUCGAUUUAUCGGCCAUUAAUAAACAAUUGGAAGAGACCAUUCGCGUUGCCCGUCAAGUUAAAGAAGCUGAAGCUGCUGCUGCCGCCGCUGCUGUUUUCCAAAAUGCCGAACAAAAACAACCCGCCCAAUUGCCCAUACCUUCGUCGCAACCAAAAUUGGAAGAAACCAUCCAAUUGAGUUUCAACAAUGAAUUGAACAGCAACGAUAAAUCGAAAUCGAUUAGCAAUGAAUUGCAAUUGAGCGAAUCGAAGUCACCAGCCAUCGAUGAAUUGUCCUUGGAUUCGAAUGAAGAUACCGCCGAUUUGGAUGACAGAAAUAAGAGCAAUAUUUUCAAAAGGUUCUUGCAGUUCGGCGGUGCUGGUUUAGCUGGUGGUGCCAGUUCCGGUUCUAGUGCAGGAGGUGCUGCUGGUGGUGCCGGCGGUGCUGCCGGUUCCGGUAAUUUCCUAUUCGAUAUUGUCAGACUUUUCUCUGGCAGUGUCCAAACACCAACUGGUGAUGAAGCCGCCAACAGUGCCAACAGCGUUAGCAGUUCCUCAAGCAGCGACUCCGAUAGCGAUAGCCAACGUGCCAAUGAUGGCUACACGGAAGGUAUUCCCGGCCCUGUCACCAGAUUGGUUGUCUUGGCUAAUCGUGGUUUGGCCAAUUUGGUGCAAGAUUUGAUUUUGCGUGUGGCAGCCACCAGUGAGAAAUUCGUCAACUUCAAGGCCAAACUUAUUACAGCUCUUAUUUAAGAUGCAUACAGCAGCAUACAGUCUCCUCGCACAUUUUCUAUGCGUUGUUAA